AUGGAAGCACUCUUCUCCCAGUUCUCCUUCCUUGCUAACCAAGCCCUCCACGACAAGAACUUCGAUCCUGCAAGAAUCGAGGAACUUCUGGAUCUCUUCGAGCAAGAAGCCUAUGCGUCCUGGUCAUCCGUCGAGGCCGAGCACCAGAAGGCGGCCCAAGAUGCGAUGAAUUCCUUGAAGGAGGCCGAGGACUACCUCGAUUCCAUUAUGGAGGCCGCCAUGGCCGAAUUCCGGCAGUCCUACGACGCAGCCGAGAAGUCUUCGAAGGAAGAGCUAUCGAGCCUUGUCCAUGCCGCGGACGCUGCACGGAAAAUGGGGCAGUCCCUUGGGGCCGCAACGGCUGGCUCCUCCGAGAAGUACUUGGAGGCGGGCCUUUCCUCGGCCACGGUCACCAUGAAGUCGGCGUGUGCCACCUCGAAGGUCCACCCUUCUUAG